AGAGAAGAAGGAGGUGACUCUUGGCAACUGCGUGGCAAGACAAGAGCAGAAGGUGUGCCUUGGUGGACUGAGAGGCAACCAUGGGAACGAGAAACGCUCUUGCAUGGUGGUGCCUUCACCUUCACUAAUUUUAGUCCCCGUUCACAAAAAAACACCAACAACAAAAAGAAAAGAUUUAAUCAGCUUCAGGCGUUUCAAAUCCCCCCGCAAAAAAAGCAACCACCUUCACCUUCUCCUUCAUCCUUCCUUGCUGCACCAAUAUUGUCCAAAAAAAAAAAAACAGGAAAAGAAAGAAAAAAGAGAGAAGUUAUAUAAAGAAAGCUGAGUGAAAAUGAUGGAGCCUCAGAGCAGGAAAAGAGGAAGGGAAGGAGAUGUGGAGGAGGACAAGGUUGACACCUCAGACAACACCUCCUCAAAGAGACAAUUAGUUGGCGUUAGUUACGAGCACAGCAACAAUUAUGAAGAUCAUGGAGACCAAAAAUUAGAGGACAAGGGUAAUUGCAAUGAUGAAGAAUUGGAUGAGUGGGACUAUUGCAUGUCCUCCUUGGGAGUGUUCGAUUUCCCAUGGCUGAGGGAAGGCGAUGGCAUGAUCUUCGGGUCGGAGGAGGACGGCGAGAGCAAAGCCGAGGACGCGUUCUCGUUCUCGCCGUCGUUCGCGGCUGCUGACCAUGGCAUGGAGCUCUGCGAGCUGUUGCCGUCUUGCCAGAACUCGGCGUUGUUGCUAGAUUCACCAGGCGACAAUCACGACACAUUGUUGCCGGACCAACAACAGUCGCCGGCGCAAGGCGGUGAUGAUUUGGAGGGGCUGGAUUGCAUUUGGAGCUCCGUCCUCAAUCAGCCCCUUGAAGGAGGGUUCUGAACCAACUCAACGUUGCAAUCCUCCACAUACAUCAUCCAAUUUUCACUUUUCAUAUAGUUUUUGUUUUCUUAUUUGUUUGUUGGAUUUUGUUUAUAUCAAUGUGAUUUAAUGCGUUUGCAUGGUCAA